AAUGACUUCAUCCGUGGAAUCGCCAAUCAUUAAUUUUCAACAAUAAAAAUUGUUGAUAAUCUAUAUUUUGGAGUAUUCUGGUUGAAUAAAAAUGGACAAAAAAGAAAUGUACGAGAGUUUGAUUAAGUGGCUAAAAAUUCUGGAACUUUCAGGAGCAUGUAGUACUGCAUUGGAUUUAUCGACGGGAGUUACUUUGGGUGAAUUAUUAGCAGUGCUGGUUCCUAACUACACUCCAAAAAUAAGGAAUAUUUCAAUUAAUGACAACUGGAGAUCAAAAGCCAGUAAUUUGAAAAAAAUUGUUGAUAGUAUUGUAAUGUACUAUUCAAAUGAGCUGGAUCUUACUUUAGAUGAACACUUGAUUCCAGAUGUAUUUAAAAUAGCAGAAAAUAAUGAUGAAGGUGAAUUAAUUAAGUUGAUAAAACUUAUACUUGGAAUUGCUGUUAACUGUGAGAAUAAGUUACAGUACAUUACACAAAUUAUGGAAAUGGAAGAGGACAUUCAAAGAAACAUCAUGACAGCAUUACAAGAAAUAGAAAAUAUUGGAACGCCGUCGUCAACAAGAAAUUCGCUUAACAUGCAAAAUUCUGAAAUUAAAAAUGAUCAAGAGUAUCUAGCACAAAAGUUACACGAAAAGGAAAAUUUGAUUUGUCUAAUGACAAAUGAGAAAAUUACGAUGCAGCAUGAAAUAAAUAAACUACAAAUGACCGUUGAAAAAUAUGAAAAUCAAGCAUUAAUUGGUGAAGAUGGCAUUAGCUUGGGAGCGCCUCUACAAGGUUCUGUAAGAAUGAAUGAGCUCCGAAAACAAAUUGAAAUUUUAAAAAAUGAUCUGUUGUUAUCGGAAACCAUGAAAGAAGACCUAAAAAUGAGAGCAAUGCAGCAGGAAAAACAAAUUUCGUCAUUGCAAAUGAAAAUUGACGAUUUGACGAAAGCAUCUUUCGAAUUGUCACAAAUAAAAGACGAGGUUGACAUUUUGAGGGACGCGAAUGAAAAAUCCAAAGAAUAUGAGCGUCAGCUGACGAUUUAUAAAAAAAAAUUAGAGGAUACAAAUGAUGUCAAACGUCAAAUAAAGCAGUUGGAAGAGAGAACAGCUGAAUAUUUAAAACAAAAUCUUCAGUACGAAGAAGAAAUAAAAAAGUUAUCAGCAGUGAAGGGACAAGUGGAUUUAUACAAAAAUCAGCUCGAUGAGCUUCACAUAAAGCUUGAUUCAGAAAUGCAAAAAACUAUAAAGUCUGAAUUUGAUUUGCAAGUUAUUCAGACUAAACUAUCUGGAAUGACAAGAGAACGCGACAAUUUUAAAGCACAAUUAACGAAUUUAGAGGAAAAACUUGACGAGUUCAAAUGCAAAAACACAACAGGUGACGAUGAUGAUUCCACAAAUAUAUCAAGAGAACUAUUUGGAGAUAAUAUGAAAGAGAAGAUAGUUCGUUUAGAGGCAGAAAAUAAAGCAUUAAGGGAAGGUCAGCAAACUGCUUUGUCUGAUUUACUUAAUGAUUCAAAUCAACGAAAUGAGAAACUUAGAGAUCAACUUAAAACUGCGAAUCAAAAAAUCCUUCUUCUUACAUCACAAACUGAUGUUGAUAAAAAUAAAAAUGGAACACUGGAGCUAAGUGAAUUAUGCGAUCAACGGGAAAGGUUGUUGGAAGAAGCGCAAAGUCAAAUUUCUAAUUCACAUCAAAGAAUACGACUGCUUGAAGUAUCAUUAGAAAACAAAACUCACGAUUUAGCUGGAUUAGAGCAAAAGUACAAAAAAUGUGUGGAAAAAGCAAAAGAAGUAAUCCAAGGCUUAGGGCUUAGUGAUGGAACAGUAAAUGAAGUUCCCGAAGAGCUUGAAGAAAGAAUGUCAGUUGCGGAGAGUAAGCUAAUUGUUGCAGCCUUCUAUCGUAUGGCAAUAAACACUCAAAGGGAAAAUGUAGAUUCAAAAUUAGCAUCACUGAGUCAAGGACAAAGUUUUAUGGCUCGACAACGACAGCCGGCUGCAAGAAAACCUAUAACAAAUUAUAAAAAAUAAUUCCCACAUAAAAUUGAAUAUUUCCUGUUAAGUUAAAGAAUGAAAAAAAUAAAGAUGUUUCAUUUCCAUUUUUUUAUCCCUUUCUAAAAUAUUAAUCACAUGUUUUCAACCGUUUUCACUUAAUUGAGAA